UUUUUUUCUAUUGUCAAUGGUUAAUAAAGUGACAUUUUAUUGCAGUGAUUAAUCAAGAAAAACAAAUUGAAAACACAAGAAACACUAAGAUUAUCCACAAACUCUUUGCCAAGGAUAAAUGAGGAGAAAUCAACAUUCAUAAAUAAAGAUUAUAGCACUAUGUCGCUGCAGCGGUUGACAGCGCUUCGGGCGCUGAUGGCGAGCCAACCCACCAAGCUGGCCGCAUACAUCGUGCCAACAGCUGAUGCUCAUCAUUCUGAGUACAUAGCCCCAGUGGACGCCCGCCGGGAAUGGAUAUCAGGGUUCACGGGUUCCGCAGGUACAGCGGUGGUGACAGCUUCCCACGCGCUCGUCUGGACCGACGGGAGGUACUACACGCAGUUUGAGAAGGAGGCCGACCUGACGUUGUGGACGCUGAUGAAGCAAUCUCUCCCUGACACCCUUUCCGUGGAAGCUUGGCUGUCCACAAACUUGACUGAAGGCGAUGUGGUGGGGGUCGACCCUCACACCAUGACCAGAGAAGAGUGGACGCCACUCCAAACAACACUAACCAGAUCGAAAAUGAAGUUGUUACCCGUGCCAAAUAACCUGGUGGAUGAAGCCAGGGUCCAGCUCAGCGAUCCACCGCCAACAAGACCCAGUAACCAAAUUAUAGCACUACCUAUCAAAUAUACUGGUAAGACGGCCGGAGAGAAGAUAAAAGAACUGAGAAAGAAGAUAGCAGAAAAGAAAGCGUUCGCGCUUGUUGUGACAGCGUUGGACGAGGUUGCUUAUAUCCUAAACUUAAGAGGCAGUGAUAUUGACUACAACCCGGUCUUCUUCUCCUACCUGGUGAUCACGCCGGCCACGACCGUUCUCUUCUGGUCCUCUGGCAGUCUACCUGAUGCUGUGACAGAACAGCUCAAAGAGGAAGGCGUGAAGAUUGAUGCGAGACCUUAUAGCAAUAUAGUGCCUUAUUUACAGGAAUUAGCGAAACACGAGGCAGCUGGCGGCGGUCGGUCCGUCUGGUUGUCUAGUGAGGCCAGUGAGGCGAUACACAGGGCCGCCUCUGGGUGCGAGGUGGUGGAUCAGCCGCUCACGCUUGUCUCCGAGGUGUCGCCGGUGGCGCUGAUGAAGCUGGUGAAGAACCAAGUGGAGCUGGAGGGCUUCCGGAACUGUCACGUACGGGACGGGGUAGCGGUAGUUCGAUUCCUGAGGUGGUUGCAUGAACAGGUUGAUAGCAACCAGACCAUCACUGAGAUACAGGCCGCGGACAAACUGCUAGAGUUUAGAAAAGAUGAAGCCGAUUUUAUGGGCCCCUCAUUCGAAACAAUAGCAGGGGCUGGGGCUAACGGGGCCAUAAUACAUUACAGCCCCUCAAGAGGGGGACCACAGGUGGUGAUCAAUCAACGGGACAUGUUUUUGUUAGACUCCGGAGGCCAAUACAAGGACGGUACAACAGACAUCACCAGGACUCGGAUGAUGAAUAGAUCACCAUCAUCAGAACAGAGGGAUGCGUUCACAAGAGUGCUUAAGGGGCAGAUUGCUAUCGGCAGCGCUUUGUUCCCGGUUGGCGUUAAGGGUAACGUCCUGGAUAGUUUGGCUCGUAAAGCGUUAUGGGACGUGGGACUGGAUUAUGCCCACGGGACGGGCCACGGCGUGGGACACUACCUCAACGUGCACGAGGGACCCACCGGCAUCUCGUGGAGGCCGUACCCGCACGACCCGGGAAUGAAGCCCGGACAGAUACUCAGCAACGAGCCGGGUUUCUACAAAGUGAAUGAAUAUGGCAUACGCCACGAGGACCUGGUCGAGAUUGUGGCGAUCACGAAGGACUCCGAUCAUCCCAGGGCGAAGAACUUGAUUGGUGAUUACGACGGGCGCGGGGUACUGGGGUUCAAUACGUUGACGAUGGUGCCCCAUCAGCGGGAGUGUGUCGACGUCACCAUGCUGGACGAUUUGGAGCUGUCAUACCUGAAUGAGUAUCACAAUCGUGUGCUCUCGGUGCUGAGGCCCAUACUGAAGGACAGGGGUCUGCGACAAGAUCUCGAGUGGUUGCAGCGGGAGUGUCAGCCGAUCGCCAGGGAAUAGAUCUACAUUGGUAUUGAAAACGAGUUUAAAUUAACGCUGCUGGUAUAAAUAUGGGACAAUGAACAAAUGUGUACAAUAAAAGUAUUAAAAGUUUUAUAAAAUG